GGCGUUUAACGUGACACAAGUCCCACCCCCUGGAUAAUCAAAUCAUCCAGGAGCGAGAGAGACAGACGGCGCUUUAUAAACGGGUUAGAGCAGGACAGAAAUAAGCUCGUGGCUCCUGCAUCGCUCGGUUAUUUCGUAACGGGAGUAGUUUGAUUCAGUGAUUCGUGGUGAGAACAUGUUCGACGUGUGUUAGGAAGAUAGUCUCGUAGAAAAACGAAUUUUCACCCGUAAUAGGUGUUAAAUGCAAUAGGAGGACAUAGUAUUGUGAUUUUUGUGGAUCAAACAAUUUGCAAAGACUUUUUGGUGUAAAGACGAAAAUAUAUUGAAAUAAACUGAAGAAACUGUUAAACACGAAAGACGCUUGGAAGAAGAUGUGGAGAAGCUGAAAUCCUGAGAGAAGAAGAAAGUAGAGAGUCGUGUGUUGCGAAGAUAUAAGAAGAAACUGGAAGAGAUUUCUAAACAGCAAACUCUAGAAGGUUAAGAAAAUAGAGCUUCGAACAAUAUUAGAAAUAGAAAAAAACAAGAGCUUUGUAUUUGUUUAGUAUUUCAGUGUUAAUGUUUGUUGUAACGGAAACCUGAGGCACACAACGUUGGCAAAAUGAAGCUGAGCUAUACAUAACUCAAUUAUUGUAAACCCUAGAAGACAUACAUAAGAACGCUGCAACUUUGAACGAGCAUUUGAAGCUUCGAACGUCAGCUGUACUAGAUACAAUCACAUGAAAGACUGAUAAACUUGAGAUCGCGUAGUGUUCGCCAAGAUCAAGUAGAACACAAGUUCUUUGCUAUUUUCGAUAUUUGUGACUGAACAAGGACUUUUUUGGUUUUCGGGAUGGAUGAAGAGCUGAGUCAGCAUAGUUUGAAGGAGAGAAGUACGACAAUGACGCCGUUUUCCAUAAACGAUAUUUUGAGUAGGAAAGAAGAUAGUAGAGAUGGAGACAGUGACGUGCAGGAAUCUGCGCUUGAUAUGUCCAAGGCUUACAAAGGAUGUGAAGGAUCGCCCUCCCCAUCGACCUCCCACCGCCACGCCGACCCAUCCGACGUCGACCAAUCAGCGUGCAGCUCCACGCCAGGCGGCGUUGCCACGUGCGCUACAGGAGGACGCAAGAAACGUUCCCGAGCUGCGUUCACGCAUGCCCAGGUGUUCGAGUUGGAGCGACGGUUCAGUCAGCAGCGCUACCUGAGCGGGCCGGAGAGGGCUGACCUGGCACAGGCGUUGAAGUUGACAGAGACGCAGGUCAAAAUUUGGUACCAGAAUCGGAGGAUACAAAACGAAGCGAAAGCAGCUCCAGAUGCAAGAAUCAAGCAUGCUGAACCAAAAUGCCAAGCGCGUAGCUGUCAAAGUCCUCGUCAAAGACGACAUGCCCCUAUUCCUGCAUCAAAAAUCGCCCAUCUACCAGAAAAAUUUCUACGCUGAACAGCCGAAAAGCGAGUUUUUCGUAUACGAUCAACUCAAUAAGAGUAUAGCUCAAAAAUACCCCAAAACUAUCCAGGAGUCCAUGUUAAGUUUUUGUCAACAGUAUUCGAACUCGAUGCAAUUGUUUCCCUAUUUUAAUUAUUAUCACCCCUCGCUUGUCGGGGGGUUGUCGAGUCAUACUUCAGAUGAAGACAUUAAUGUAGAAAGUAGAGAUUCUCCUGAACAGAAUUAGGGCUGUAGUUACGUUUAAGUUUCAUUGUUACGUCAGGGCUUUCGUUUCUUUAUGAAGAUUCAGUUAACUAAAUACAGUGAUGAGCGCUUGUGCGUAUACUUUAAUUGUCUACAUUUUAUGUAGACAAUGCGUAUACAACGUAUACACAGGGUAUACAAUGGAAGUCAUGAGUCUACAAUGUAUACAAUAGUGUAGAUAAUGUAUAGAAUAAAAUAAGUGGGGUUAGGUUUAUUCGCAAACGUCAUAACAGUGAACCGGUAAAUAUAAAGACAAUAUGGUUAAGCACGCUAAAAAAUAAGGAAAUUCGUCUUAUUUAGUCUUGAAGAAAGUAUUCCGUCGAAUGCUGUAUCUUUAAAAAAUGUGUCUAAUUCAAUUACAUGUCGCUUGAAAUCGUACAGGAAAGUUAACGUUUGUCGUAUCGUAAUAUGCGGCUACCGGCUCCCUAUUUUAACAAUUUCUACUUGCCUAACAGAAACACAUAUCAAAUCAGAAGGUACUUGAGAAAAAUUAGUAAGAAAGCAUGUGUGUUACUCCUUACGAAUGGACGAUAACGCCAUUACCAUUGCCAAUCUAAAUAUUCACGAUGUUGACGACUCUGAAUAGAAUGCAUUUUGUUAUGUUGGAGUUCAUUUGAAACUAUAACUUUGUAUAAAAUGUAAUAUACUUAUGCAAGCGACCUAAUUAAACUAAUAUUUGCUAUUGUAUACAUUGUUUACAUUGUCUACAUGAAUAUCAAGACGUUUACAAUUACAAUUGUAAACGCAUAGGUAUUCAAUGGUGUAUUUUACAUGAUGUAUACAAUCACUAAGUAGACGAGGCGAAGACCUUGCAUUCCUAAGAGAAAUUUUGCCCCUUAACAUGAAUGCAGAGGUUUCCAGGGAGUAACCUGGUGCAAGAUUGUUUAACCAAUUUUUUUAAGCAAAUUCAAGGGUCGAUCUUGAAGAUUUAUUUUUUGGCCCCAUAUGAUGAACUUAAAAUUACUCGUUGUGCUGGGGAGGGGGGGCUUAGGAUUCAUGUUUUGCAAAUUGUGCGUCUCGGGGAGGAGGGGGAGAUUGGCGAUUGAAAAUUGAAGAGCAGGAGGAUCAGACGAUCUAAAAUUGAAAAACAGUGGGGGUAUGCAAUUUGAAAAGCGCCUUCGAUUUUUUUCUUAAUAUAGUCCGGCAAUAUCUUCUCAUUUGAUGGGGAAAAUAUUCUGAUUCGGAAGGCACUUUUCUAAUGACGCAAAUUUGGGCCUGGCAACGGAUAUUUCGGAGAGGAGUUAAGGGGGACUCUGAGGACAUCCCCUGGAUCUGCCCUUGGACUUCCUCUGCGAACAAGUAGGGAAUCACGUGGCACAUAGUCUUAGAAGUCCAUGUCUUUCUGGCCAAAUGAAGUCACAUACCUACGUAGAAAUUACUAUUUACUGACGUUUCGGACAUCGCAGUGUAAUUCUUCAAAGUACGAAAUGACAAUACGUAUUCUGAAAGUUGACCAGAAAAAGAGAAUUCUACCAGCAUGAAAACAACAGGAUAAAAUGCAUUGCCCAUAACAUUAUUGACAAUUAAUUAACGAUUGGAAUACAUUCUUAGAGCUUUUCAGACCUAUAACUCGAUAACGGUCAGCCUUAGAGAAUAGUAGGAUAGUCCUAAGAUCCUUGACUAGCGUAUUCUACCUGAAGAUAUCCAACCUAAUACUAUACUCGCGCAUCCAAAAAAUUAUCCGAGAUGGAAUGAGAUAUUGUAGCGUCAUUAAUUACACUAAUGGAAUAAAUUAGAGUUAAAAUGUUUUUCCGAAUUCUUAGUAACUGUUCAGCAUGUUCAGUGAAAAAUGGUCAUAUUAAGGCUUAAAAAACAUCUUGAAGCUCCAUCCUUCUGAUUUUAAUAUAUUUUAGUAAAACAUUUUCACGUGAUUUUAACAAAUAGCGUGAGAAAAAACUUCACUAAUUUUUCUCUUCUUUUCUCAAGUCUUCAGGCUUGGAAACAUAAUUCCAACUGUAUGAUGGUAUGGACUGGAUAGCUUUUCUAUUCAGCUUCCAUUUACUUAUUUUAACAUAAAACCUCUUUAGCUAAAAUGCCGAACAAUAAAUCAAAAACCCUUUUGCCUUUGAUUGACCAUAUCUCAACAGCCAAUCGUCGCACAGCAAAUCUAAGGACGGUUCUGGAAACGAGAAUAAACUACAAGGGUCUGCUGUGAUCUCAAAGAAAAAUAUUUUCAUCUGUGUCAUACAUUUUAAAAUACAAGAAAAUAUUGUAAUUUAUGAUUUUUCAGAACACCAACAGCUAAAUUUCAAAUCUUCAUGAAAUGACUAUUGUUGAGUGUGACUUUUACAAUUGAAUAUACCAUCAAAAAACAUGCGACGUUCCAUUACGAUCUAACGAACCGCUUCCUUGUUGCAAAUGGUAAUUUUUUUUAAGAAUUGAAAGGAUUACGUUUUUGAAAAUGUUAAUGCCAUGGUUAAAAUGAAAACAAAAAAUGUUCCCUCAAAUCCCAUUAAAAUUUACCAAAAAAUUUUAAAAUUUUUGUUUUGUAGUGGCUUUCAAAACUUGGUGUUGGUGUGAGUGUGUCUGAGAAUUUGUCACAGCAAUGAGUCUCCUCUCCGGAAUAAUUAGAAAUUUAUGUUGAAAAGGUUGAUAUCUCAUAGUUGGCGCUGUAGCUAACUAUAUAUUAGCAUAGAGCUACAGCGCCAUCUAUGGGACACUAACCUUUCCAAAUUAAAUUUCUACUUAUAUCGUAGAAGGUAAACUUUGAUAUCGGAAAAUUAUUCGGACUCGCGAAGAUAGUAUUAGGUUGGCAGUCUUCAAGUAAAAUAUAUUAGGCAUUGCUAAGCGCCUGUUUUGUUCAGAAUGACACAAGGAAUUUAAGAAACAAGCUUUGUUAGGAGCGAACAAAUCAAAGCUUUUAAUGAAACAUAUUUAAACGAAGUUCAACUAGAUCACCUUCCAGCAACCUCUUGAUAUAUGUCAAGGGGCAACCAACAAACGACAUUAUGACCAGAAAUCGAGCCAGAAAGCUUUUUACACGAAUGCGAGGUACUUGCCUCGUGUGAAAACACCUUUUUUAAAACUAAACUGAGUCAAGAGACAUACCUGUCCAUAGUUAUUUGAUUUUAUUAAGUAACAUAUACGAAAGCGAGUGGGUACAGAAAAUGGACAAUAGCCGUACUGACUUUUCAUUUUGAAGAUUGGACGAUACUAUGCGUGAAAAGAGGAAUGGAAAAAUAUACUAUUUUCAUUAAAUUUGAAAUAAGUAGGUAUCUAAGUUUUAUUGAAGGCGCGAGAGUAGACUGCUUAAAUUGAACUUAUAUAUUUUUGUCCACAAAAGCCUUCUGCCCAACAGAGUGUUUCCGGUGGAGGUAUAGAAACUCAAGCGAUGAUACUUUGAAUUAUUCCGGAAUAAUUUGGUCAUUCUCAACAUUUAUUGUUCACGAAUUAGAUAUUUUGUAAAAAUUUGGUUCGUCCUGAAUAUUAGAGACAAAACGGCCUAAGGGCAAAAUAGUCUUAGGUGAAUGUCACACGAUCAAUAUUUACUGUGGUUCAUACCAUAAUCGGUAUUUACUGAUGAUUCAGUCAAAGACUGUGGAUUUUUAUGUAACCUUAUAAGGGUGGAUAUACGGUAUUUACAUUUUCAGUUUCAACCAGGGUUUUAAUUAAUAAAAAUACCGCAAGGCUAUAUAAAGUGAUAUACCGUUGAUUAACGUAUUCUACCUGAGGAUGGCCAACCUAACUAACUAUAUUCGUACGUACAAAAAGUUAUCCGAGAUGCAAUGAGAUACCGCGACAUACAGCGUGUUA